AUGGCCAAUUCAAUGCCCAUUCCCCUACCUCCUCGAACGCCUACACCUCCUCCUGACGAGCCGCCGCCUCAGAAACUCGCAGCAUUCGAUCCAGACGCUCCAUAUGACCGGAAGUCACUGUCGCCGCACCAGUUCGAGCCUGAACACAUGGCCUCGUCUGGAGUCGCUUACUUCUCUCCUACAACCCCUGAAAAGCAAAGCGCAGGUGGAAAUGCAAACGGAAACGGAGCCGGCCCCUUCAACUUCCAGCCAUCGACGCUGGCAAAGUCACCCAUUAUCAAAUCUAACAUCGGUCAAAGGCGCGGCCAUAAAUACAAGCACAGCAGCGUCUCGCACCAGAUCUUCCUGGAGCCUCCUCCACGGGCACCGUUGGCACUGCCCAAUUCGCUUCCAAUCCCUACCUUCGCGGAAUGCCGAGCUAGUAUGACUAAAGAUCAAAAAGUUCGCUUCUACUGGAGCAUAUGCCACAUGGCUAUUGCAGGCUACACGGCGUGGAACUCGCAUGGUUCGUCGGCCAUGGAAGCUUUAUCACACUUGAUCUUCUAUGAUUCCUUAGGGGCAUUGCUGUGUGUUUUAGUGGAGGUUCUUUCCAAUUUUGAAGUCUGGGGACGAUCAAGCCUGCGGCACCCGUUUGGUCUGCAGCGCAUGGAAGUCAUUGCAGGAUUCGCCUUGUCUGUACUGUUGAUUUUCUUUGGCUUCGACCUCAUCUCACAUAGCGCAAAGCACGCCCUGGAAGGCAUUGGCCAUGAGCCUCACCAUCCACACACCCACGAACAAGUCACGGCUGGCACCGUCGAUGUGACGGCGAUACUGGCCCUAGUGGCGACGUUGAUAUCUGCAGUCGGCCUGCAGAACCACGCACGAAUCGGCAAGGCAAUGCGCUUCGCAGCAAUGGAGAACCUGCCCUCUCUUCUCAGCAAUCCUUGUCAUUUUCUGACACUUUCCUGUUCAGCAAUUGUCCUGCUACUCCCUCUACUAGACCUCCAUACUUAUGAAUGGAUGGACAAGGCACUGUCACUGAGCAUUGCAUUUUCUAUGCUCUUUCUGGGCUUCCACCUUGGCCGCAACGUUGGCUCGAUGCUCCUGAUGUCUCUUCCCUCGAAAUCCGCUUCUGCGCUGUCUGAAGUGGUGGAGGCAAUUGAAUCUGACCCGUUGGUGCGGGCGGUCGAACAGGCCAAGUUCUGGCAAGCACAUUACGGGACCGGAAUGGCGAAUCUGCGUCUCCGAGUCGUUGGCAGUGAAGAGACCUUGGUGAAGCUCAGGGAGCGAAUCACGAGCAUUGUCCGCAACAAACUAAGCGGCGGGUAUGGAUUGGGCAGUAGUGGGCAGAGAUGGGAGGUGAGCGUCCAGUUUAAAGUCGAAGUUGAAACGGCCAUGAGUGCCAGUCAUAACCAUUUCAUGAGUCCUCAGACAUGGGUGGGAAUGACCAGUUAG